AUGUUGCACAGAGUUAAAAUAUUGGUAAUUUUUUUGGCCUGUUUUGGUGCUAGUUGCCACUGUUCCUCUUUGAAGGCUCUGAAACAUGCCCGAUCUAAUGAUAACAAUGAUAAUUCUCCCCAAAUUGUCUACUAUUCACAAAGUGAUCAUUACCAGAAAAAGGACAAACCCAAAGAGCCUCAAAUAGUGGAGGAAGAUUUUGAAGAGACCGAGGAGCAGGAAAAAGAUGGCCGUAAAGUACCCGAUUAUCUAUAUCCCACCACCAUACCCAUGAUGAAUGAUAAUUUCAAAAUUGUUAUACCACAAAUGUCCAACUAUCCCAUGUAUGGUUUGGAAAAUCGCAUAGCUUUUAAUGAGAUGAGACCAGCGGCCAAUUACUAUAAUCCACAGCGUUUGUCUUUGGUCAAUCCCAAUUUACAAUUUGGCUUGAAUUUGAAUGCUAAUGCGGGCAUGUAUGGAGAACAGAGGCCAUCCAAGAAACCCAUGCCAGAAGAACAAUCUAUGUACCAACCAACAGCCAUAUUGCCAUUUAUCAUAGCGGGACCACCAGGACCUCCAGGGCCCCCUGGACCUGCCGGUCCUCAGGGACCAGCUGGCAGAAUGGGACCUCAGGGUAAGCCAGGACCUCAGGGACCCAUGGGACCUCCUGGUCCCCAAGGACCUUCUAGCAAUCCAAAUAAUGCUUACGCCGCCUUAGGACAAAGUCAUGGUGUUUGGUAUACCGGUGGCAAGCCCAUUAUACCAAUUUUACAAUCCAACAAUAAUAACAAUAAUGAGGAACAAUAA